AUGGGCCGUAAAUGGUUUGAACGAAUAAUUCAUCAGAGAAUUUUAAAAUGGUGCAAAGAAAAUAAUAUAUGCGUUGACGAGCAGUCUGGUUUCACUCCGGAAAGACGCCUUCAAACUCGGAUAUUAUCGAUAUGCGAAGAACUUAGGCUAACUGUCGCUGCAUGUAAUCGUCCUGCACUGGGAAGAACUUUUGCAAUACAUCAUGGUGAAGCUGUGUCAAGGAUAAUUGAAAUGUUUGUAGGAGCUCCUCAAGGAUCUAUUUUAGCAGCAACUCUUUUUCGAUUACAUGUUCAUUUUCUCCACAGAUAUUUUAUGCAGUUAAUUAUUCAUUUGUUCGCUGAUGACUUAACUCUGGUGUGGCUUGGAUCAUUAGAAAAAAAACUCUCUGAAAAUAUGUUUGAAUUAGAAAUUCAGGCUAAAAUUACCAUGAAAUGUCUUGAAAAUUUUUCCGAUGACAAUCUGCUACCGGUAAACGUACCAAAAACAAAAGCGAUGAUUGUCCAUAGUGCGGUAUCACCGGGUCAAUCGGAAAUUUUUUACCGUGGUCAAAAAAUUACGUUUAAUAAACAUCUAAAUGAGUCGGCUGAAGCAACAUCUUACCAGCAGACGUUUUCAUCGUGCUUGAGUGCUAAAUCUCCUGAUAGGGUGUGUAGAUUUGAUCGUAUACGUCCAAUCGGAAUCGUUCCAGAAAGUGGAAAGCAAUAA